AUCUGUGUCCAUAUCUGGCUUUUCGGCCGGAACCGCCAUCUUCCAGUAAUUCGCCAAAAUGACCAACACAAAGGGAAAGAGGAGGGGCACCCGCUACAUGUUCUCUAGGCCUUUUAGAAAACAUGGAGUUGUUCCUUUGGCCACAUACAUGCGAAUCUACAAGAAGGGUGAUAUUGUAGAUAUCAAGGGAAUGGGUACUGUUCAAAAAGGAAUGCCCCACAAAUGUUACCAUGGCAAAACUGGGAGAGUCUACAAUGUUACCCAGCAUGCUGUUGGCAUCAUUGUAAACAAACAAGUUAAGGGCAAGAUUCUUGCCAAGAGAAUUAAUGUGCGUAUCGAGCAUAUUAAGCACUCUAAGAGCCGAGAUAGCUUCCUAAAACGUGUGAAGGAAAAUGAUCAGAAAAAGAAGGAAGCCAAAGAGAAAGGGACUUGGGUUCAGCUGAAGCGCCAGCCUGCUCCACCCAGAGAAGCACACUUUGUGAGGACCAAUGGAAAGGAACCUGAACUGUUGGAACCCAUUCCCUAUGAAUUCAUGGCCUGAAGGGUGUAAAAAUAAAGACCUGGACUGU